GUGGUGACCCCAACAGGAGUGGGACAGUCCUAUGCCUACAGCGCUGGUCAGCACAACCAACAGGACCUCUAUGACGUUCCUCCCAUGAGACCACAGGGGGUAGGUGUCUCACUCAACUACACACAUUCUAUAGCAAUCCCUAUUUCAAUCCGUUAGGACAAUUCUGAAAUGGAACCCUAGACGGUUAGCUACUGUAUAGGAAACACAGAGGCUGUGUAGGGCCCUGGCCAAACGUGGUGCACUUUAAAGGGAACAGGGAGCAAUUUCAGACACAACCUCUGUGUUUCACGUAGCUAAUUCUGCCAUGUCAAUUGAAUGUCAUCCAUGGGAUCCUGAUUUGGGAUUUGUCGCUGUGUUUUCCAGGUGUAUGACAUUCCUCCUGGGAAACUGAUGGGGUCACACUCUCCCGGACAACAUGGGAAUGCUCGCCCCCAAGAGGGAGUCUAUGAUAUUCCUCCUGGGAAACUGAUGGGGUCACCCUAUCCCGGACAACAUGGGAAUGCUCGCCCCCAAGUGGGAGUCCAUGAUAUUCCUCCAUCCACUCAAAUGGACCCCCGGACACAAGGGGUAUGACUAGGACCACUCAUACUACACACAGAAACACCACCCACAUAGAGAGACAGCAUACAGAAGGCCUGUAGGAAGCGGUAGCCGUUUAAGUCCGGAAAAUGUUACUGUGUUUAUUGAUACAGGCUCUAGUAUUCCCCUUAAUUGCCUGGUAAUAAAUUAAUAAUAUGUCAAAUGAUCGUAUUUAUGACUUCUUCGCGGUUCCCUAAAUUAAAGCGUUGCCUGCCAAAAGUGUUCGAGCAAAACUCGCUGAGUAGCGUUCUCUCUCUCCAUCUGUGAACCCUCCCGCAGGGAAAGUCAAGGACUAAAUGAUUACUUACUCUUGGGCUAUGUACCAAAUGGCACCCUAUUCCCUAUACAGUGCGUUCUUUUGACCAGGGCCCAUAGGGCUGUGGUCGAAAGGAGUGGUCAAACGUAGUGCACUAUGUAGGGUCCCAUUUGGGACGUAGCCUGGGCCGUCUUACAUUACUCCCUGGAACGUCCAGACCUGUCCCAAGGCUUAGGGCCAUCAGUUGCUUGGUAACAACGUGAAAUAUGUGGGACCUCGUUAUUUGCGUCGCUCCUAAUUACAGUUUGGGGUCGGCCCAUCUCGCACUAAGGAGUGGAUUUUUAAGGCUGAGUGAAAUCACUUACAGCCCACUCAUUUUAUUUAUACAGCUCCACUUUCAUGCUGCAUGACAUGUCCUGUACAAUCCAUAUUCCACCUCUGUCAGGACUAUACUGUUUUUAAAGGGCUAGAUGUUUAUUGCUUAUAAUGCUUGCCAUAUUCAAGGUGAUACUGAGUUAUUAUGGGGAAGAAAUAGAGAAGGAAUAGAGAGUAAACAUAUUUAGAUUAGCAAAUAUAGAAUCAACAGAAACUAAACAGUACUUUCAGUUCCUCAAUAUCUAACUAAAAUAAUGUGGUACAAAGUGUGCUUGUUAUUGAUAUGGAUAAGCUGUGUCUCUGUAGCUAUGUUAUUGAUAUGGAUAAGCUGUGUGUCUGUAGCUAUAUUAUCGAUAUGGAUAAGCUGUGUCUCUGUAACUACGUUAUUGAUAUGGAUAAGCUGUGUGUCUGUAGCUAUGUUAUUGAUAUGGAUAAGCUGUGUGUCUGUAGCUACGUUAUUGAUAUGGAUAAGCUGUGUGUCUGUAGCUAUGUUAUUGAUAUGGAUAAGCUGUGUGUCUGUAGCUACGUUAUUGAUAUGGAUAAGCUGUGUGUCUGUAGCUAUGUUAUUGAUAUGGAUAAGCUGUGUGUCUGUAGCUACGUUAUUGAUAUGGAUAAGCUGUGUGUCUGUAGCUAUGUUAUUGAUAUGGAUAAGCUGUGUGUCUGUAGCUAUGCUAUUGAUAUGGAUAAGCUGUGUGUCUGUAGCUACGUUAUUGAUAUGGAUAAGCUGUGUGGCUGUAGCUACGUUAUUGAUAUGGAUAAGCUGUGUGUCUGUAGCUAUGUUAUUGAUAUGGAUAAGCUGUGUGUCUGUAGCUAUGAUGCAUUGUUGGUUGAAUCGCUGUCUACUCCCAUCCUUAUUGUAGUCUGAGGCACUCAACAAAUGCUUGUCUUGUCCCUGCAGGUGUACUCUGUGCCUCCCUGCUUGAACACCCCAGUCCUCCAGGAGGGGAACUACGAUUUUCCCCAGCCUCUCAAACAACACAAACAACAGGAGGGCAUCUAUGACGUACCCCCUCCCACCUUCACCAAACCCUCAGCCUCCCUGUCCCCACAGUCCAACUACGACUUCCCCCCCAGUUCCCAGCAAAUCGGCCCCCACCACCUCCAACGCCCCGUCGCUAAUGACAACGAGGGAAUCUACGACGUGCCGCCCCCCGCCCACCAGCUCUCUGGGGCGGGGCCUCGGGGGGACCUGUAUGACAUCCCCAGGGGGAUGCAGCAGCCCCCCUCCCAGCACCGCUCCACCCCCCAGGAGAGGGACAGGGGGAAGGGCCAGUCCACCCCCCAGGAGCGGGACAGGGGGAAGGGCCAGGGCAUAUAUGACAUCCCCCCUGCUCUGGGGGACGUGACGGACGGGGUGAAUCGCCUGUCCUUCUCCAGUACGGGCUCCACACACAGCUCCAUGUCCACCACCUCCACCUCCACGGUCUCCAGCGCUGAGGGCCGACCGGCCCUGGAUGUGGACCAGGCCGUCCAGAGGCUGUGCCGCCAGCAGCAGGCUGUAGAGGCCUCGGUCGGGGCCCUGCAGAGCCUGGCCUCUUCGCCCCACUGGAGGACUUACCCCUUCAUGGAGCGCCAUAGCAACGAGUUGCGCACCGUGCUGGACCGGGUGCGGGCGGCCCUGGCAGACUUCGUGGUGUUUGGGAGGGGUGCUGCGGCCAACGCCACUGCCCUGUCGGACCCCAGUCUGCACAGUAAGCUGAGGAGGCAGCUGGGGAGGCUGGAGGACUCCCAGCAGAUCAUCCUGCAGACCUACCAAAGCCUGGAGAACUGCGGCUGGGCCCUCAACGCCCUGACCAUCUCCAGCGCCUCCAAGCACCAGAUCAAGAAUGACGACCUGGAUCGCUUUGUCAUGGUGUCCAGGACGGUGCCCAACGACGCCAAACAGCUGGCCUCCUCCGUGGGGGGUAACGCUGAGCUGCUUUUCAGACGGGCACCCACCACGAACGGGUCCUCCUACCGCAAGGGUGGCACGCCCGAGGAGGCCGUUAUCCACCCUCAGACUUCUCCACCCUCAGACAGGGAUAACUACAGGGGCCACAACCAAGACAAAGGCAACAUGAACAAUAGUGAGAAGUGUGUGAAGAGCUGGAUGGAGGACUAUGACUACGUCCAUCUGCAGGUACGACUGACUCUGACUCUAGCCCGACCUACCACACAGAUGUUACAUUUACAUGACAUUGUGGUCAUUUAACAGACGCAUUCCUUAUCCAGAGCAACUUACAGUCGAGCGUUCAACUUAUGUUAGCUAGUGAAGACAAAAAAGGUAGCUAGGUAAGAUGUUAGCCCCUCGUGUUAAGACAUAAUCCCUGGUGUAUGCGUGAGAGCUUGGAUGUGGAAUUCCUACACAGCUUCUAAGGUGUGUUGCUGCCUUAUUGACCCCUUGUGAGGAUCUGGUGGUAUUCAGGAUGUGUGGGCUAGCUGUUUAAAGUGUUGAGGUAGUCAGGCUGUAUCAGCAUAUUGGGUUGUACCAUAUGUUCAUCAAGGAAGAGGCAGAUCUUAAUCGAGGGGAAUAAAAGUAAAGGUUGAAUGAGGGUAUGUAUUUUAAUGAGUAUACAUGUAGCUACCCUCUGUAUGUACCUACCCUCUGUAUGUACCUACCCUCUGUAUGUACCUACCCUCUGUAUGUACCUACCCUCUGCUGUUUAAGUCUGCUGUCUUAGUUGAGUUCUCCUCACUCUUGUUUCUCCUCAGGGAAAAGAGGACUUUGAGCGUCAGCAGAAAGUGCUUCUGGAGAAAGAGAACAUAAUUAAACAGAGCAAGGUGCAGCUGGGACAGGAACAGGUGAAGGUUUUUUUCUCUCUCUUCUCUGUUCUGUUCUGUUCUGUUCUUCUCUGUUCUGCUCUGUUCUUCUCUGUUCUGUUCUGCUCUGUUCUUCUCUGUUCUGCUCUGUUCUUCUCUGUUCUGUUCUGCUCUGUUCUCCUCUUCCCACUGGGCACACACUGGUUGAAUCAAAGUUUUUUCCACGUCAUUUCAAUUAAAUUACGUUGAACCAACUUGGAAUAGAUGUUGAAUUGAUGUCUGUUCUGUUUCUGUUCUGUUCUUCUCUGUUCUGUUCUGUUCUUCUCUGUUCUGUUCUGUUCUUCUCUGUUCUGUUCUGUUCUGUUCUUCUCUGUUCUGUUCUUCUCUGUUCUGUUCUGUUCUGUUCUUCUCUGUUCUGUUCUGUUCUGUUCUUCUCUGUUCUGUUCUUCUCUGUUCUGUUCUUCUCUGUUCUGUUCUGUUCUGUUCUGUUCUUCUCUGUUCUGUUCUGUUCAUCUCUGUUCUUCUCUUUUCUGUUCUUCUCUGUUCUGUUCUUCUCUGUUAUGUUGUUCUCUGUUCUGUUCUUCUGUGUUCUGUUCUGUUCUUCUGUGUUCUGUUCUGUUCUUCUCUGUUCUGUUCUGUUCUUCUGUGUUCUGUUCUGUUCUUCUGUGUUCUGUUCUGUUCUUCUGUGUUCUGUUCUUCUGUGUUCUGUUCUUCUCUGUUAUGUUCUAUUUGUGGUCCUCUGUAGCUCAGCUGGGCGCUUGUAACGCCAGGGUAGUGGGUUCGAUCCCCGGGACCACCCAUACACAAAAAUGUAUGCACGCAUGACUGUAAGUCGCUUUGGAUAAAAGCGUCUGCUAAAUGGCAUACUAUUAUUCUGUUCUGUUCUUCUCUCCACUCCACUCUUCUCUUCUUUUCUUUUUAGGCCAGUCUGGGCCACCGUACCUUGGUCAUGCAUACACAUUUUCUUUGUCUUUUUGCAUGGACUACAGUUACAAUAUUAAAGGCCCACUCCUCUAAUUGAGAAACAACAAAAUGGUAGCCCCACCACUUGGUUUUCUAUAAAUCUGAGAGAUGGGGCUGGAGAAAUAUGCCCACUCUCAGACAUUAUUUUCCUACUUUUCACAUAAUUUAUCGAACACACAUUAUUUAAUCAAACACGCAGUGGGUGACCUUUCUAGCAUGGGUUCAUAGACGGUACCUAGAACAUUAUGAUAAUUCCUUGUGGCUUGUACUAAUAUGAUGAAAUUGACAGGUAGGAUGUAUUUUCAUCAUGUUUAUUGUGUGUGAGAGAGUUCCGUCUCCCGUCUCUCCACAAUACUUAACUAGUUUGUGUAAAUGAAGAAAGAAAUAUCAACACAAAAUAUUAAUCCGCUUUCUCUCUUUUAACCCUCACAGAUUAACCAGUUCAAGCAGUUGGAGCAAGAGGUGAUCAAACCGGUGGAGAACGACAUCACACAGUGGAUCUCCCAUCAGCACCCGACAGGCCCCUCCUCCUCCCCAUCAGACUCCUCCUCCUCUGCCUCCCCCUCCCUGACAGGAGGCGGGGCCCGUCAGAUGCUGUGUGGGCGGGACCGUCAGUUGCUGGGCUUCUACGCGGAGCAGUGCCAGCAGCACUUUGUCACGCUGCUCAACGCCGUGGACGCUUUCUUUGGCUGCGUGGGCACCGGCCAGCCACCCCGCAUCUUUGUGGCACACAGCAAGUUUGUCAUUCUCAGCGCCCACAAACUGGUGUUCAUCGGGGACACCCUGUCCAGGCAAGUAGCCACGCCCGAGGUGGCCAACCGGGUGAUGAACUCUAGCAACGUGCUUUGCGACCUGCUGAAGACUGUGGUGGGAGCCACUAAGACGGCCGCGCUGCACUACCCCAACACAGCCGCCGUUCAGGACAUGGUGGACAGAGUCACGGAUCUCUCACACCACGCUCAACAGUUCAAAGAACAGCUGCUUCAGAUGGCUGCUUUGUGAUAGUUUGUGUUGUCA